UUUGCGAUCCUCUCAGUCGAAUCCUAGUUCAAUAUCUACACCCUCAAUGAACUCUUGAAGAUUUUCGAUUCAAAAAAACAAAAAUGGUGGCAUUUGUAGCUGUUUCCUCCCCAAAAUCAACUGUUUUCCAGAAUCCAAUUUCUUCCAGAGUCCCAAAUUCCAACUUUCUCGGCGGAUCAUCACCAUUGAAAGCACUUUGUUUACAGGUUAAACCUAGCAAGACCAAGAACAGAGAUGUCAUCAAUUUAGUACUUGCUUCAUCGAAAACCACCACCACCACCGCCGCCACCGGAAGCGGUGGUGGAAGGUUCUAUCUGAAUUUCACUGGGUUCCCUUUCCCACUUGGUCCCUUUCUCAAUCGGUGCACUAUCAGGACUGAGGCUGUGAAAGGAUGCAUAUGGCUAUUUGAACAAGAGCAGGCACUGGGCUUCAGCAGUGUCUCGACAAACAUUCGAAUGACGGUCAUCAAGCUCAAAUCUGGAGGAUUAUGGGUCCAUGCACCCAUUGCUCCAACCAAGGAGUGCAUUCAGCUUGUGAAGGAGUUAGGAGCUCCAGUAGAAUACAUUGUCCUGCCUACAUUUGCAUAUGAGCAUAAAAUAUUUGUUGGCCCAUUCUCUAGAAAGUUCCCCCAGGCUCAGAUAUGGGUGGCACCAAGGCAAUGGAGCUGGCCACUGAAUUUGCCACUCGAGUUUUUUGGAAUUUUUCGUGCCAGAACAUUGAAAGAUGGGGAUUUGUCAACCCCGUGGGCUGAUGAGAUUGAACAGAAAGUUCUAAGCUCACCAGAAGUAGGAAUCGGGCCUUAUGUGGAGGUGGCAUUCUAUCAUAAGCGUUCACGAACGUUACUAGUGACGGAUGCUGUAAUUUAUGUCCCCAGUCAGCCACCCGAGUGUAUUAGCAAAGAAUCCUUGCUGGCUUCUGCAAAGAAUGGCUUGGCCGUGAAACUUCUGAGUAAAGGAAAGGAAGUUCCUCAGGAACCAGUCGUUGACAACAAGAUGUACAGACAAAAAGGGUGGGAGAGAAUGGUUCUCCAAAUCUUGUUCCUUGGUCCAUCAAAUCUUUUGGAACCCAAUGCUAGCUUCGCUCAAAUGUCGCAGAAGCUGAUUGUUUCGCCCAUUGUUAAGACAUUGGUCUUCAGCAAAGUUCCUGAAAAGGUUAGGGACUGGAUCGAUAGCAUAGUAAGGAACUGGAGAUUUAGGAGAAUAAUUCCUGCUCAUUUUGCUGCCCCAAUAAAUGCAAGCAGGUCUGAUUUCUUAGCAGCAUUCGCGUUUCUUGAUGAUCUAUUGGGUGAACGAUACGUUACUCGGCCUUCUCUCUCGCUCCUCUUCGCAUCACUCAUGGGUAAAGCUGCCAGUUACUUUCCUCCUGAUGACAUGAAGACCUUAUCUUCUCUUGACCAGUUUUUAGUCUCGGUUGGAGCUGUGAAGAAGACUGUCUCAGGCCGAAAAAGAUGAUCAAACACAAGCUACAACUUCCUGUUAGAUUUUUCAUCUUAAAUUUCAAACACCUGUAUAUGUAGUGCAUUUAGUAAAUUACAUAUGCCUUUUUUUUUUUUUUUUUUUCAAUUGCUCAUUUUUAUUUUUAAUUUUUAGAAAUGGAGGAAAAAAUUUACUUAACAGUUAUGAUACCAGUGUUACAAGGGUGUCUUUCCUGAUAAGGGAAGUGCUUGUAUUAAUCAAUGCAUUUGUCUAA